AUAACGAAUUGUGCUUGAGGUCCCCAGCAAAAUAUACUGUUUAAAAGUACAAUAAAAGAGAUUAAAAUGAACAUCAACACUCCCCAAACUGAACAUGAGGGGUAGAGUGACCAGCACAAACAGCAUGACAGCGUGGAGUGAAAAGAGAGAGAGAGAAAGAGACACACGCACAUUGAGAGAGCGAUAGAGCGAGAGGAAGGGAGGGGAAUCGAGCUUUUAAGAGAUUUGAUAGAGAUUAGAAGCGGCACAGUGUUGAGAAAUACUGUAUGUUCGAUAUGAAUCUCAUUUCAUGGUGAAAACGCAGCGCGAGGCGAGGACGCGGACAGAACUGCGGAACGCAUCACUGAAUGAAUGAAACAAUGGAAAAGAGCUCCGCGCUUUCUUUAAACAGGUCAUAGGUGAUGCCAAUAGGUCAGAGGUGAACUAAACAAAUGCCAAAAUCUGCAGGUGGUUUGUGUGAUGUCUUCGAGGUUUUGAUGAGAAGUCGUGGAUGUCUCGACAGACUCCUGGAGAAAGUUCAACAUCAGGAUGAACAGGUUCCUCAGAUAGUGGAUGAACACUGACGUGUUUGAUUCAUCAUGACGUCACACCCUCCUCCAUUCUUACUGAACCAUCAGGUCGGGAUGUUCCGGGUUUUAAGCUGGAGCAGCUGUCAAUCUACCACAUGGCCACGCCUCUUGUGGAUUCUGUGGGUGUGGCUAAGCCCGUGUUCAUCGGUUCACCAUCACUCGCACCCACAUUCCAUCAAAAUCCCUGGGGACAUCACCUUGGGAGGUCUUUUCCCAGUCCAUUCCAGGGGUCCCGCAGGGGUCCCGUGUGGAGAAAUAAAGAAAGAGAAAGGAAUCCACCGGAUGGAGGCCAUGCUGUACGCACUGGACCAGAUCAACAGUGACCCAGAACUACUGCCCAACAUCACACUAGGGGCCCGGAUUCUUGAUACAUGUUCCAGGGACACUUAUGCUCUAGAGCAGUCUCUGACAUUUGUCCAGGCUCUCAUUCAGAAAGACACGUCUGAUAUUCGAUGCUCCAACGGAGAACAACCAAUCAUACGCAAGCCUGAGCGUGUGGUGGGCGUGAUAGGGGCAUCAGGCAGCUCCGUGUCCAUCAUGGUGGCCAAUGUCCUGCGGUUGUUUGAGAUCCCCCAGAUCAGUUACGCCUCCACAGCACCGGAGCUGAGCGACAAUAACCGCUAUGACUUCUUCUCUCGUGUGGUACCACCAGACUCCUACCAGGCCCAAGCUAUGGUGGACAUCGUGAAGGCCUUGGGCUGGAACUAUGUGUCCACUUUAGCAUCAGAGGGGAAUUAUGGUGAAAGUGGUGUAGAUGCCUUCGUUCAGAUCUCUCGAGAGGCAGGAGGUCUGUGCAUUGCUCAGUCCAUGAAGAUCCCACGAGAGCCCAAACCAGGAGAGUUUGACAAGAUCAUUAAGAGACUAAUGGAGACCCCCAAUGCUCGAGGAGUCAUCAUCUUUGCCCAUGAGGACGACAUCAAGCAGGUCCUGGAGGCUGCGAAGAAGUCCAAUUUGACUGGUCAUUUUAAGUUUGUGGGAUCAGACAGCUGGGGUGCCAAGAGCUCUCCGAUCCUGGAUCAGGAGGAAGUGGCUGAGGGUGCCGUCACCAUUCUGCCCAAGAGAGCAUCUAUUGAAGGGUUUGACCAGUACUUUGUCACUCGAUCCCUGGAGAACAAUCGCAGGAAUAUCUGGUUUGCUGAAUUUUGGGAGGACGACUUUAGGUGCAAACUGACACGUCCAGGUAUCAAGAUCGACCCAGAAAAGAAGAAAUGCACAGGAGAAGAACGGAUCAGCCGCGAUUCUCAUUACGAACAAGAGGGCAAGGUCCAGUUUGUAAUCGAUGCAGUAUAUGCCAUGGCUCAUGCUUUGCACAACAUGCACCAGGAUCUGUGUCCGGGAGCCACAGGUGUUUGUGAUAAAAUGGACCCAGUGGAGGGACGUUUGCUGCUUAGCUACAUCCGCGCCGUCAACUUCAAUGGUAGCGCUGGCACUGCCGUUCUGUUUAAUGAAAAUGGUGAUGCUCCUGGACGCUAUGACAUCUUUCAGUACCAGAUGACCAACACCAGUAGUCCAGGAUACAGAGUCAUCGGCCAGUGGACCAAUAACCUGCGACUCAAUGUAGAAGAGAUGCAGUGGACUGGUGGAUCCCGUCAGAUUCCGGACUCCGUUUGCAGUUUUCCGUGCCAAUCGGGUGAGAGGAAGAAGAUGGUGAAGGGUGUCCCAUGCUGCUGGCACUGUGAGCUCUGUGACGGGUAUCAGUUCCAAGCUGACGAGUUCAACUGCGAGAUGUGCCCUUUCGACAUGCGGCCGACCCUCAACCGCACGGCCUGCCGGCCAACUCCCAUCAUCAAGCUGGAGUGGCAUUCUCCUUGGGCCGUUAUCCCUCUGUUCCUGGCCAUUCUUGGCAUUCUGGCCACCCUGUUCGUCAUCGUCACCUUCAUCCGCUUCAACGACACCCCCAUCGUGAGGGCUGCGGGCCGCGAGCUCAGCUACGUUCUCCUGACGGGAAUCUUCCUCAUCUACUUCAUCACCUUCCUCAUGAUCGCCGAGCCGGGAACGGUGGUGUGUGCUUUCCGCAGGCUACUGCUGGGUCUGGGUAUGAGCAUUACAUACUCCGCCAUGCUCACAAAGACCAACCGGAUCUACCGGAUCUUCGAGCAGGGCAAGAAGUCCGUCACACCACCAAAAUUUAUCAGCCCCACUUCACAACUUAUGAUAACCUUCGUUCUGAUCUCAGUACAGGUUGUGGGUGUUUUCAUCUGGUUUGGCGUGAUGCCGCCACACACCACCGUGGACUACGAGGAGCAGCGGCCGCCCAAUCCAGAGUUGGCACGUGGCAUCUUGAAGUGUGACAUGUCUGAUCUGUCGCUCAUCUGUUGCCUGAGCUACAGCAUCGUGCUGAUGGUCACAUGCACUGUCUACGCGGUCAAGAGCAGAGGUGUGCCUGAGACUUUCAACGAAGCUAAACCCAUCGGCUUCACCAUGUAUACCACCUGCAUCGUCUGGCUGGCGUUUGUGCCUAUUUUCUUUGGCACAGCACAGUCCACUGAGAAGAUGUUCAUCCAGACGACGACGCUGACCGUGUCCAUGAGUCUGAGUGCCUCCGUGUCCCUGGGGAUGCUCUACAUACCGAAAGUCUACGUCAUCGUCUUCCACCCGGAGCAGAACGUGCAGAAGCGCAAGCGCAGCUUCAAGGCUGUGGUGCAAGCCGCCACCAUGUCCUCACGCCUCUCGCAGAAAUCCAUCAAUGACAAGCAGAACGGAGAGACCAAGAUCGAGCCAGACAGGUCACAGUAGCAGGUGACCCUUGGAACAGCUGUGUGGAUCUCAAAUCACUGAGGAAGAGUCUAAGGGAGAGUUUUGCUGUGUUGUAUUUUGUGAUGCCAGGUGAGGACGUUAAUAAAGCCGAUGUUACUGACUGUGAAGCACGAACUGCUAACACUGCGAACAGAAAAUACUUUAUUGAGCAUCUUUGUCGAACACUUGAAAUGUUUCAUAGAUAGAAUGUGUCCAAGAGCCGUUCUCAUCCAGAAGAUUUGCAGAUAGCACAAUGCGAUUUGGAAAAAUCUCUUGUUGUCCCAUUUUUACCUCAGAAUGUGUUUAUCGUGUGGUUAUCGUGUUAAGGUUUUAGCAUGAGAUGUUUACGGUGGUGCAACUUUGGACAUGCACACACUGGCCAAGUAAAAACCCAAUGAAAGACCACCAGAUUUGAUAAAAAUACGGAAGAAAAACUCUCCUCACCUUUAACCAUACAGCAAAGUCACUGCUUUAUCAUCUCCGACUGUGUCAUAAUACACAAUUUUAUUUUAGAUUCUAAGCUCAAAGAAUGAAUUAGACACUAUUUUGAGCCAGUUGUGUAUUUGAUAGCUUUGUGCAUCUUAUAUAUCUAAUAUUUAUUUAAACGAUUCUAACUAGAUGUUAAUUAGAUUCUCAUUUUAUUUCAUUUUUAUUUUCAUAUAAUGUAUGUAUUUAUUUAAUGAUUGAUCUCCUUGGCCAAAGACAUGUUGGUGCUUUUAUAAAGAGAUGUAUAGGAAAGAAAAAGAUUUCAGAACUGAAUAUCGACAGAGCAUCCAGAAUGCACCAUGUUAAAGAAUAAUGUACAGUUCAACUUGUUAAACAAUGUAAAUAGAGGAAUCUGGAGUUUUAAUGGAUGUAUGUAAUAUUUUGUGUGUUCUGAGGCGGUUAUUUUGUGUUUGACUGACAACAUGCAUGGGAAACUCUAUCUGAAAAGUCUUAUUGUGUUACAUGAGUAACAUGACUGCUGUGUGUUUUUUCCACAUCACAUUAAAGAAAUGUCAGUUUA